UUUUUAUUCAUGCUCUUUACCCCUUUUUCUUUUCUUUUUUUAUUAGCAAAGAAAUAAUGGAGCCUCAAGAUAGAAAUCAAGAUAGAAUUAAAAUGGAUGCAGAUGAUUUUCUUAGCAUUCAGAACCAAUUAAAAGCAGCUUCAAUCGAACUUAUUAAUGAAGCUGUACCUGGAAGAACUUUAGAAUCAAAAAACACAAGCAAUUUAGUAAAGCACAUUAUGGGAGAAUGGUUAGGUAAUAUAUGUAAUGCAUUAUCAGAGAAUAUUGAAUUUGAGGGUGGUGAAGCUGUUGAUACUCAAGCCUUAUUCAGUUUAUCUGAACCUAUUGAUGAGAGAUUAAAAGCAAAAGUUAAUGAAAAGGAACUUGAAUUAAAUAAUAUGAUCGAGAAAGUAAUAAAGUUGAGAACACAAACACCUGAAGUUUUAUCGAAUUUAGUGAAUGAUGCGUGCCGAACUCAAAGUCAGUAUGCAGAACAACUUGAAAUACAGCCCGCACUUAUUGAUAUGGAUGUUGAUGAACCAAGUUCAAUACCUCUGGAAGAAGCUAAAAAGGAAUAUAAUGAUUCGAUAAGAUUGAUUUCUAUUUUAAGUGAGACUGUCCCUACGGAAUUAGAAAGAGUUCAAAGGAUAGAAGAAUUAACACAACUAAGUGAAAGAAAAUAAUCUUAUGUAAAUAUAUAUUCCUCUUACUAUUUAUUAUGUACAUAUCAUAUUAGUUUAUAUAGAAAUGUACUUGAUUUUUUUUUAUAUAUAAAUAUAUCUUAUCUUCAUUUCAGUUAUAUAA